AUGCUUUCGGGGCCGCUCUCUGAAUUUCGCAACAUCUCCCAAUUGACAGCUCCCACCGUAAAAGAGGCAGGACCAUCAUCUCUCAUAUGCUCGACUCCUCUUCCACUCCCCACAGAUAUACCAGGAAGUCCAGCAUGGGACCCUUCGUCAAGAACACCUUGGCAAAACGAGGAUGAGGGGGACGAAACACCGCCAGAGGCAGUUCCGUAUUGGUUGGCCGAUGAAACUUUCAAAAAGUACAAAUUCAGAUUGAUAGUACAUGAUCCAUCAAAACGGUAUGAAGGGGGGAUUUACCAUGGCAAGUAUGCGCAAUUCUUGUCCGCAAUUGGUGGUAGUAUUGCGAAGGUCUCAAUCAACUUCAAAACCCCAGAAAUACCAUUACAAUAUCUGCUGCCCCUCCAUCCAACGAUGGAGGGGGAACUCGUUGUGCCACUUAGCGGUCAGCUUCUGAAGGUCGCGAAAUACAAGAAUGGUCGAUGUGCUUUGAAAGAUCCAACAAAACCACUUCCGCGGCUCAAAAAUUAUGAACCACCUACCAUGCAAUCUGACCAGUUAGCCUCGGUGACGGGGAUGAUUUAG